UCUCAUUAAUAUGGAUAUCCAGCCGCACAUAUUCUUCUUCCCAUUUAUGGCCCAUGGCCACAUGAUUCCAACCAUAGAAAUGGCCAAAAUAUUUGCUUCUCGAGGCUGCAGAGCAACCAUAAUAUCCACCCCUGCAAACGCACCCAACAUCGUCAAAUCCAUUGAAAGAAGCAGACAAUUGGAUUUGGAGAUCGGAGUUGUUCUUAUUAAAUUUCCCAGCAAGGAGGUUGGAUUGCCUGAAGGAUAUGAGAACAUCAAUUCUCUAACAACAAUAGAGAUGAUGGACAAUCUUUUCGUUGCCACCACCAUGCUUGAGCAACCACUCGAGCAGCUCCUUCUCGAACAUCGUCCAACUUGCCUUGUUGCCGAUGUUUUCUUCCCAUGGGCUAAUCAAAUUGCAGCAAAAUUUGGGAUUCCCAGGCUUGUAUUUCAUGGAACAAGUUUUUUUGCUCUGUGUGCUGAUACAAGUUUGUUUCCGGAAGAACCUCAGAAGAAGGUAUCGUCAGAUUCAGAACCAUUUGUCAUUCCAAAUUUACCAGACGAGAUCAAAAUUACGAGACAAAAACUUCCUGAUUUCCUGAACAAAGAAUCAGAGCUUAGUGGUUUUGCAAGACAAGUUGAAGAAUCUGAGCUUACUAGCUUUGGUAUUAUUGUGAAUAGCUACUAUGAACUUGAACCUGCUUAUGCUGACCAUUACAGAAACUUCCUUGGGAUGAAAGCUUGGCAUAUUGGCCCAACUUUUCUAUGCAGCCAAGGCAAAGAAGAAAAGGCACCGAGAGGACAAGAAUCCUCCAUCGAUGAACAUGAGUGCUUGAAGUGGCUUGAUUCUAAGAAACCCAAUUCGGUUGUUUAUGUAUGUUUUGGAAGUGUGGCAAACUUCGACGAUGCUCAGCUAAUGGAGAUUGCUAUGGGUCUUGAGGCUUCCGGGAAGGAAUUCAUUUGGGUUGUGAAGAAAGAAAAGCAUGAAGAGAGGAAAGAAGAAGAUUGGUUGCCCGAAGGAUUUGAGAAGAGAAUGGAAGGAAAGGGCCUAAUCAUAAGGGGUUGGGCACCUCAAGUGGUGAUCCUUCCACAUGAAGCAGUUGGGGGAUUUGUCACCCAUUGUGGUUGGAAUUCGACGUUGGAAGGAAUAUGCGCAGGGUUGGCAAUGGUCACAUGGCCAGUCGCCGCCGAGCAGUUUUACAAUGAAAAGUUGGUAACUCAAAUACUUAGAAUUGGGGUUGGUGUUGGAGUUGAAAAAUGGGCUAGAUUGACAGGGGACAGUGUGAAGAGGGAAGCUAUAGAGAAGGCUGUGAAUGGGAUUAUGGAAGGUGAGGAAGCAGAGGAAAUGAGAAGUAGAGCCAAGGCACUUGGUGUAUUGGCAAGUGAGGCAGUCAAGGAAGGUGGAUCUUCUUUUACAAAUCUGACUUCUUUGAUUGAAGAAUUGAAGCUCCAGAGCACUGCUUCUGAUUCAAAUAAGGACUAACUACCAUAAAAUAUGCUUUUUCAAGUUUCUUUGAAUAAUUGUUUGAUGCACGUUUCUUCAUUGUGAUGCUGUGCAAUUGACUAUGUAAUAAAUAGUUUCUCUUUUAUGUAAUAUUUCUAAGUAUAUUGGCAUACAUAUAGUCAUUUUCUA